CCGGACGUUUGCUGUAUCGGAAUGCAAUUCGCUUCGUGCUGUAGCAGGAGGAUCAUUUGUGCCAAACAUGCAGCAUUGCAUGUACUGCAAAGGCAAAAUUUAAAAGAGGCACAUGGCUGGAGGGUUUAAUAUUGUCAACACCCUCCUUUUUCCAGCACCAGACUCCAGCUACGAUUUGGACACAUUUCCCGAGGAGGAGCUAAUUUGGUUGCCAAGGACCUUGGACCCUGAUGAUCCAAAUGUGGAGGCCAACGUUCCAUGCCUGUUCUUGACGUCCAAUUCAGCCCGAUUCAUGAUGCUAUACCUGCACAGCAAUGCCGAGGACCUUGGACGUUGCUACAAUUUUUGCAACAUGCUUCGCAUGCAAUUCCAGGUCAAUGUGCUGGCAGUUGAAUAUCCCGGGUAUGGAAUAUGCCCCGGUGGUCAAGCUGACGAAAUGUCCGUGAUCGCGAAUGCACGCCUGGCUUUCCGGUUUGCGACGGAGGUGCUGGAGUUUCCAACUGAGGACAUCAUCGUUGUUGGUCGGUCAGUUGGCAGUGGGCCUGCCUUGCACAUUGCAGCAGAAGCGCGCACGUACGGGGUGAUAUUGAUUUGUCCCUUCUUGUCGGUGAGGGAAGUUGUGCGAUGUCACCUCGGACGAGUUGCGGAUUUCAUCGAAGAACGCUUUCCAAACAAGGAGAAAAUCAAGAACAUCUCCGGUUUUUUGCUGAUUGUCCAUGGCAAGAAGGACACAGUUGUGCCGUGGAGUCAUGGCCAAGAGCUCUAUGAAACCUGCACCAGAAGAAAACGAUUGGUCUCACCAGAGGACAUGACGCACAACGCCAGUCUGCUGUCAGACCCGGCUAUUUUCAUCGUUCCGGUCCUCCAGUUCUUUGGCCUCCCAGACUACAACUUUGAACCGUUGAGGAUUCCAAGCUGGGUCUUUGAUGCAAGUCUCACGCCAACUCUUCUCAGAAUGGAUCAGAAGGCUGUGGCACCUAAGAGGCUUGGAACCACUUGCAAUGGACGCGCUCCUAGGAGCCAAUCUCGUCUUCAAGAAGGAAGCAACGAUGCUGCGCAAGGGAUGUCCGACUCAAAGCCAGAUCGGAGCACCGCCGAUGCUGUGCAGCAGUUUUUGGAUUGGCAAGAGGGAAGACCGAUGCCGCUGUUUCGCGAUUUGGCCAAACGAACCGGAAAUGACCAGACGGACUGCGUUUCAUCAGAGGACUUCCAUGCGUCCAAAGAGUUCGACGACAUGCCGCAGCCCCCUGAUGAUGAUGGCUACUUCAAGGUGCCAAGAUCACUGGAUGCAGGGCCCACCUUGACUGCUCCAGUUUUGCCAAACCAGUCAGAUUUCGCCAUGCACAAGCCGUGCAACUGGGACGCUUGGAUGUGCACCAUGUGUGUCUCAGCUCCAGAAGCACGUCCAGCUCUGCAGGAAUGCAUCACGGUGGCCAAGGAGUCGCAAGAAGAUCAGGCGAUUUGGAAGCCUUGGGUAUGUCGCAACCCAGAGUCUCAUGCCGACAAAUUCUCGCAGCAAACCUUGAGGCCAGCCCCGAAAUGCCUGCCUCGCGACGAUCCAGAUCCUGACAUUUAGGACAUUCCCGAGUGAGCCAGUGCUUGGGCGCUGUUUUUCGAAUUGGCGAAAUCAAGUCUUGUCUGGCGUGUGAACGUCCAUCUAGUGCAAAGUUUCACCGUGGAUACAUGUCCAGCUGCGUGCUCAGUGAUAAGUGAUAAUUCAAUCAGCUAGAAGCGUGCGAGGGUCCCAUGAAUACUGCUACAAGAUCUUGUGUGGCUUUCCAC